GGUUGGCCAGGGAAGGCUGGCGGUAUUUCCUUCCCUGGGUUAUCUGUAAAACGUGCUGCUGCUCUGUGUGAAGAGCUAACAGCUAGGUCAAUACGGGAAAGGUGGACCUGGAAAAGCUGACGUCUGAUUGAGGCCAACCGGGAAACGGUGUUCAUUCACUCGCUGAGUUGAGGCGGCUAGUGUUAGCAUAGCUAUCUGCAUCAAAUUUUAAAAUGUCCUACUCGUCAUCACGAAGCUCCUCGCGUAACACUGACUGCAAGGUGUAUGUAGGUGACCUAGGCAACGGUGCUGCCAAGGGGGAGUUGGAGCGGGCGUUCAGCUACUAUGGACCUUUGCGCAGUGUCUGGGUGGCCAGAAACCCACCUGGUUUUGCCUUUGUCGAGUACGAAGAUCCCAGAGAUGCUGAGGAUGCGACGAAGGGCAUGGACGGCAAAGUGCUCUGUGGUGCCCGCAUAAGAGUGGAGUUGUCAACGGGUAUGUCUCGCAAGUCGCGCCACGACCGCCCCAGCCGCCGGCACUUCGACCCCAACGACCGCUGCUACCAAUGUGGCGAGAAUGGCCAUUAUGCAUAUGACUGCUAUCGCUUUAGCAAGAGGGGGGGUGGCCGCCGCAGCAGGUCCCGCUCACGGUCAAGGUCCAGAGGAAGGCGUUACCGUUCACGCAGCCGAAGCAACGGCCGCGACCGCAGGUGUUAUAAAUCCCCAUCAUACUCAAAGCGCAAAAGCAGUAGAUCUGGGUCCCCAGCACGUUCCAAGUCCAGAAGUCCAGUGCGCAGGUCGUCCAGAAGUCCAGUGCGCAGGUCGUCCAGAAGUCCAGUGCGCAGGUCGUCCAGAAGUCCAGUGCGCAGGUCGUCCAGAAGUCCAGUGCGCAGAGCAGCAAGUCGCUCCCGAUCUCGCUCCCGGUCCGUGUCCCGCCCCAGGGCGCGCAGCAUCUCCAGAUCUCGCUCCCGGUCCAAGUCCCGCUCAGCCACCACCAAGAGGGACAGGUCGUGCUCCACUGAAAAUGCUAACGGUCUUCAUCCCUUGUGUCAGUCGAUCCAGGUCUCCGAGCCAGAGGAAAAGCCCCACUCCUGAUGCCGACUGACCAUGGGGGUGAGACCGCUCCCUGCCCUCUCCUGUUCCGCUGUCCCCGUUUGCCUCGGGGCUUGAAGCCAUUUUACACCUUUGUCUAUGUAUUUGAUUUCUUUCUCCUGUCAUUUUUUAAUUUAUCCCUUGCUUUUCAUCCUCUGACUUUGGCAUUAUUUCAUCUGUAUGUACAAAGGAUUCCCAAACUCCUCUUUCCAUCAUGUACAUUUCAAUGGCUUGUUUUAGUCUUCUUCUUUUUUUUUUUGCAUUCUGUGCGUUUUACUCCAGUUUGUCAGUCUUUUUUUUUUUUAAGCUAAAUGAUUUGGGGUUUUAUUUCAUUUUCAAUGUAAAUGGCGGGAUCUUUUUAAUAAAAUGAAUAUUUACACUAACGUUAGUAAUCUAA